CUCCCCCCAUCGAACCCUAGCAUAGGGAUAGGGUCCCGCCGCCGCCGUCACAUUUCUCCCCCGCCCAGCCGCUCGAGUGUUGUCCGCGCCGCAGGAGGAGUGGACUGCGAGCGCGCUUGUCAUGUCAUCCCCACGCGCCCCACGCAGCUGACCCCCGCCGCCGCCUCCCACGCAGAACGCCGCCGCCGAGCUCCCACGUACACCGUCGCCGCCGGCCAGCGCUCUGCCCCGCCCUCUGUCGAGCUCGCUCGGCCCUCCGCCACCUCACCCCCUCCCCCGCCUGCUCCGGCCCGGCCCUCCUCGCGCGCCCGCACGCUCGCGGCCGGCCCGCCAUUGCCUCCCCUGCCCUCCACCGCCGCCCCCAGGCCUCGAGCCGCCGCGUUGUUUGCUCCCUCCCGCUUGCCCCCCCCUCCCCACGACCAGCUCGACGGCAUGGCUGAGCACCACCGCCGGGUCGUCCCACGGUAGGCGCGGGCGGCCCGCUGCCUGGCCGACCACCUCCAGCCCGAUCCCAUCCUACAGCCCGAGCGGAUGAGGAGAUAGGUUUUCUCUUCUAAAUUGUGAUGAAUGACUACCAAAUUUCCUGCUGUUUCCGAUAUGGUGAUUUAAUUGAUGAAUCCGUAGCUUCAGCAGAAUGCAACAGAGCAACCAUGGGUGGUGUAGGCGCGCACUGUUUCUUGAUGCCAUUGAUUGGCCAAGGUGCUAAACAACCUUCCUUUCCGUUUUCUGUGCAUCAGGUGAAUCUAUCUUCCCCAUCUGAAGAGGGCUGCAUAUGUAAAUGGUGUGUGUUAAAAAAAGAUUAAAUUUUCAGUAACAGAGGAAGUAGAAAUACACAUAUCAUCAUUCAACGAUGCAGGCCAACGCCCCAACGUACCCAGCUCGGUCGUCGUUGAUGCCCCUCACCUCCAUAGUGGACGCCGACCGUCCUAGCGCUGGCCGCUGCCGCCUACCGUACCCAGCUCGCCCUGCCUCCAAGUCGCCGGCCUCCAUGACGCUGUGUUCCCGGAUGCCAUGUUCCAGGAAGAAGAUUCCCUUCCCGCAGCGAGGACGCGGGCGCCCCUCACCCAGCUCGACGGCGUACUUCUCCUCCAAGGCGGUGGGCUACCAUCUCUGCAGACAGAAGGUACCUCAAGUGCAUAUUCUGAACCUACCAUCUCUGCAUAUCGUUGUGCACAUUUUCAAAUUUAAACCACAAUUAUGCAUACGGAAGGUAUAGAUGUGAGAAUUGGAAACUGACACAUCAGGAAAUGCAUGAUUUCUAGGGCAUAAUCGUUCUGGGAUUACUUGUUACUCCAAUUACAUGAUAAUGUUAGCACGUUCGAUAUUUACUGUUUUUCUGUCAAUUUGAUGCAUAGUUGUUGGCUUCUAUCUGUUUCUAGGCAGCGUUCGAUGAGCUCAUAUGAAGUUCCAGCCAUCAAAACAAGUUUCAUAAACCAGCUAUCAAAACAAAUUCAGUGAAUUUCUGUGCACGCAUAUCAUCUUCAACAAUUUGUUUCCUUUUGGUCUGUUUGUGCUUCGCCAUAUUAUCCACAUCGGAUGAAGCCCGGUGAUCAGGGGGGUACGUGAGCACCCCCUAGCUGCUCAACACGUGUCUAACACCAUCUAUUAAUCCGUUAGACAUGUUUGGCUGUUGUCGUUUCUAUCCGACGCAGAGUAGAGAAAAAUGAUUAUUCAUGUCCCAUCCGUGCUUUAUCCCUUCCACCACUCAUUAUCUCUCUGGCUGGAGUAGUAGUGCCGUGCGGAGAGGCCGACGAGCACGCAGCUCGGGCACAACAUCUCCACAACAUCUCCCGCGCGCAUGGUGGCUGCCGCCCGCGCCUCUCGGAGCCCUAAUCCCAUAUCUCUCCUCCUACUAUUUUUCUCUACUGAGCCGGAGAUGGAGCAAGUUCCUGCCAAGGUCAACGGCCGAAAGAGCAGAGGCAAGGUGGUUCAGGGGCAUGGCCGGCGCCGCCCUCGAGGAGGAAGGCCGUCCGGCCGCGCCGGAGGAAGGAGAUCCUCGCCGGCAGCGGUUGCAGGCGGCGCUGAAUACCUGCGUCGCGGGGUGGGAAACGAUGGCACAACGGCCGCUGACCCUCCUCUCCUGCUCUACAUGCGGUGCGGGGUGGGGAUGAAAAGAGCUCGUGGUCGACGCCCAUCUCCGUUCCUCGGGGGCGGACUUGAUCCCUUGCCGCCGCCCUUCCUUCCAAAUCGCCGCCCUUCGCCGCGGCGGCGGCGCGGCGCUCGGCCUCCCCCGAUGCGUACUCAGCGGCAACGACGGUGGCAGCAAAGGCGGCGGCUUCGUCGGAAGCCUCCUCCUCUCGCUCGUUGGUUGGGCUGCGGUGGUGUCCUCGCACCCCGACCGCCCGGCCGCCGCUCGCCACCGCCACGCACGCAUCGGGGGAGGGAGCCGCCACUGCUCACGCAUCGGGGAGGGCGCCGCCACUGCUCACGCAUCGGGGAGGGCGCCGCCGCUGGCCGCCACCAACCACAAGCAGAUGGUGGUGCACGUGAUGAGGCGAUUAACCUGGCAAUGAGGAAGAAAGUAGUGGUGCGCAUCCUGCCCCGGCGCUGGACCUCGCCGGAGCUCCCAGCCAUCCGCUCGCCGACGCCGGAGAUCCGGUCGAGAAGCUCCAAUAGGCCACCUCGUCAAGCCCCGCAUCAGCUCGAACUCGUCCCCCUCCUUUUCUUUCGCUUUGCACUGUCGACAUUUGCAGCUCGCCAGGCCCGCGUCGAAGAAAAGUAGAUUCCAAGCUGAAAAGUUGACUUCACGCCGUGUUCUCACCGUGAACAUCUCUGUGCUUUGCCCACAUCUCAAAGCAAAUCGGACGAUAAACAGUGCGUGCGCACGUACCCAUCUGAACACCAAAUUCACUCUCUUAUCCACAUACAUGCGUUGCACUCUUAAAAUGCUUUUACAUCACUUGCGGUAGUUGAUUUAUGGCAUAUAUAAUAGUGUGCAAUUAUAGAUGUACACAAGAUCAGUGAAGUACGCUAUCCCAAGCAUUCAUAGCUGUCAGUGUGUAGUCCUUGCCAUCGGUGGUUGACAUGAAAAUCACAUAGAGCAACAUGUUUUAAACCUGCUGGGAGACCUUUAAGUUUAUGGAAAAACUGUAUGUGCAGUAACUUAAGACUACAGAACAGUAGACGACUCUCUCCGAAACUUAAAAACCAGUCUUCCAGUUGUUUCACCUGACUGUCUUUCUUAAACAAAUUUAUAAUCAUGCGAACCUGCAUGUUACAUAUAAUCAUAUAUAUAAUUUCAAAUUCUAGAGAAAUUUAUAACUAAAAUUAUACACAGACAUUAUAUAUAAUGCAUCAACUGAAGAUGAAUUUUGUUGCACUUGCAGACUUUAGUUAAGUAUAAGGAACCGUUGCUUCUCUAACAAUGCAAACAACAUGGGCCGAGCUUAUCCGAAAAGAACACAAGCUGCAAGAGCAAAGUACAAACUUUGCAAGAGCAAGCUUGAGGAUAGAAGCAUCUAUUUUUACUUGACCCAUGCAGAAUCAUCUGUGACAUUUCACUUACUAAAUUAAAAAGUCAGGGAGUGCUAUCACAAAUGAAUCGUUCGCCAUCUCCUAUCAAAAAACCACAAAAUGGAACCAUCACAGUUAAUUUUCAAGACACCUGGAUCUUCUUUAUGUGGAGCUUGCCAUGGAGCGCUUGACAUCUUCUUUCCAUCCGAAGACACCUUGUAUCCAAUCGUUAGUAUCCAGCAUGAAAAACCAGCAGCUCAGGGUCUCUGAUUUGCAUUUUAUUCCUUUUUCUGUUUUCAUAGCUAUUUGGAUAACAAGACAAUUGUUUUUACUAUGUGCAUGUAUGCAGAAUCAUUGGAGGCUCUGUGUUUUCUUGGUAAUACUGACAC